AUGCACUGUGGCAUGCACUUCUACUGCCAUUUCAUGCUCAUGACUCUCUACAAGGACUGCUAUGCUGUUGGCCAGAACCAGCUCUAUGAGGAGGUCAAGAUGUGGAUCCUCUGCUUGCUGAGGUCGCUCCACCACAAUGUCCAUAAAUGGGCGCAGUUGGUGGUGACCCUGGGCAACCUGACCACCUGGUGUUAUCUUGCAGCAGAGCUCAACCUUGCAGGAACAGUCAAAGGUGCAUGCCUGUGGAUGGACAGCUUUGAUGUCCCUCUCUCUGGCGUCAGCAAGAUGUCAAAGAAAGACCCAUUGUGGAGCUACAAGCUCAACUCGCCUAGCCAGCGCUUCAUGGCCCUGCUUGAUGCAUGUGGCCAGUUCUGCAUGCUGUGGGGUGGGUACUCCCAAAAAGAUUUGCAGGGCGUACAACUUUACUUUACCCUUUACGGCCGGCUGGGUCCGCCCAGCUAUGGCAGUGCCCAGGCCUGUGGAGAAGAAACGCACUCACUAUAA